ACACGGGAAAUCAGUUUGGGGACAGAUUUUAUACUUCUUGGGCUUUUCCAGUAUGACCAAAUGAACACUUUGCUUUUUGUUGCCAUCACCAUCAUCUUUUCAGUGGUUCUGAUGGGGAAUGUCAUACUGAUCCACCUCAUUUGACUGGACGGCAGACUGCACACCCCAAUGUACUGGCUUCUCAGCCAGCUCUCCACCGUCAACGUUAUGUACAUCUCCACCACCGUGCCCAAGAUGGCAACGGACUUUCUCUAACAGAGUAAGACCAUCACCCUGUUGGGCUGUGAGAUUCAAGCGUAUAUGUUCUUGGUGCUUGGCAGGACCGAAGCCCUUCUUCUAGGUUUCAUGUCAUAUGAUCGGCAUGUAGCCAUCUGCCACCCUUUACAUUAUCCUACACUUAUGAACAAGACCUGUUGCUUCAUAGUUUCAUGUGCGUGGACCAGUAGCUCUAUCAAUCUUUAUGUAUUUCAGCUUCCAUUCUGUAGUUCUCAGUUCAUUAACUACUUUUUCUGUCAAGUUCCGUCUCUACUGCCAUUGGUGUGUCAGGACACCUCCCAGUAUGAGCAUACUAUCCUGUUGAGCAGACUUAUUCUUCUGCUGAUACCAUUCAUGGCCAUCCUAGCUUGCUAUGCUCAUGUGCUUACUGUCAUGUUCCAGAUGAGCUCAGGUAAAUGACAGAAAAAAGCUAUUUCCACUUGCUCCUCCCGCCUGACUGUGGCAAGCCUAUUCUAUGACACUCUGUCUACCUACAUGAGGCCAUACUCCUUGCGUCCCCCUUCACAGGAUGGAGUGGCGACAGUAUUUUAUGCCAUUAUCACUCCUCUCCUGGACCCAUUUAUCUAUAGCCUGUGGAAUAAGGAUGUCAUGGGAGCUGUGAGGAGACUGUUGAGAUAA